AGCGCCGCGGGCAGCAUGGGCAGGACCCGGGCGGCCCCGGCGCGGGCAGCCCGCGGGACGCGCCCGGCCGCAGCCCCGCGGCCCCGCGGCCGGCGGCGGGCGGAGGAGCGGCCCGUGCAGCUGGGCGCGCAGCGCGAGCGCUGGGAGCGGCUCCGGCAGGAGCAGGGGCUGAGCUGCGAGGAGGCGGCCCGGCUGCUGCUGGACACCUACGAAUACCGCGGCCUGGUGAAGCAUGCUGGAGGCUGCCACUGCGGAGCUGUCCGCUUCGAGGUUUGGGCAUCCGCAGAUCUGCAUGUGUUUGACUGCAACUGCAGCAUUUGCACCAAGAAACAGAACAGACACUUCAUUGUGCCAGCCUCACGCUUCAAGCUGCUGCAGGGUGCUGAUAACAUAACCAAGUACACCUUCAACACACACCGCGCCCAGCACACCUUCUGCAAGACCUGCGGUGUGCAGAGCUUUUACACCCCCCGCUCUAACCCGGAUGGCUAUGGAAUUGCCCCACAUUGCUUGGAUGAGGGCACUGUGCACAGUACCACCGUCGAGGAGAUCAAUGGCAAGGAGUGGGAGAAGGCAGUGAAGGAGCACAAGACUAUCAGGAGCAUGUCGAAACCGUGACACCACUUCAGGGCGCCAAGUGUGUACACUGGCCCAGGUGGACCAGCGUGUGAUGUUAGCUCAAGCUGUCCUGUGCUGAGCUCUGAGGGAAAUAAAUCUUUGCUUUUUUUCCUUAAGUAAA